AUGCGUGCUGCCUUGAUUUUUGCCCUGUUGGGCGCGAGCAGCGCUCAUCUCAUGGAAUCUUUGAAAGACAUACCAGAUGGUUGGAAGAAGGUCGGCAAGCCAUCCCCCGACGAGAAGCUCUUUCUUCGUAUAUCCAUGAACUCGCCUGGUCAAGGACUCUUCGAGCAAAAAUUGUAUGAAGUCUCGGACCCUAAAAGCCCAUCUUACGCGCAAUACUUGAAGCGGGAUGAAAUCAAGGAGAUCCUACGCCCUACCUCAGAAGCUACAGCAGGGGUUAUCAAGUGGUUGCUCUCGUCUGGAGUGAGCAGGAAUGCCAUCGCGGAUGAUGGCGAGUGGAUCAACUUCGUCACCCCUGUCGACAUCGCUGAGAAACUUCUCGAUACGUCCUUUGCUCUGUUCAAGGACCGCAGAGGCUCUACGAGGGUUCGUACCUUACAAUACUCUGUUCCUGAGCCACUGCACCCGUAAGUUCCUGUUUCAUAACCAUCGAUGCUAUUGGAAAUGCUCACACCUAAUAGCUACAUUGACAUGAUCCAGCCAACGACGCGCUUUGGAGAGAUGCAAAGCCAAGCGAGUCUCGUUCAUGCUGUCAAAACACUCGGUCAAGCUCCAUACUAUAAACAGAAGGAACUGGAAAAGAUGGCCGACUUCACGCAAGGUCCUCUGAGUGUGUGCGACGGUGAGACGACCAUAGCUGCCUGUGUGCGGGCUUUGUACAAGCUUCCAGACCCAGAAAUACUGCACGCGCAACUCGACAAUAGAUCCUGUGGCUUCAUGGCUUUCGCCAACUUCUUGGAACAAGUUCCACGCUACGCCGACCUGAAGACAUUCCAACGGGAGUACACACCCUUUUCGCUUGGACAAAGCUUUUCUUGGGAGAGCAUCGCAGGCGCAAACAACGACCAGAACUCACCAGCUGAAAGUGACGAGGCCAACCUUGAUGUUGAAUACCUUCAAACCACAGGCUGGCCAGUCCCGAUGCAUGCCUACAACACAGCAGGCAGAGCUCCAUUCGUACCGGACCUUGACACGCCCACCGAAAAGUAUAACAACAAUGAGCCGUACUUGGACUUCUUGAACUACGUCUUGGCCAGACCAGAUCAUGAAUUGCCACACACUCUGGCAGUCUCUUACGGCGAAAACGAACAGGGCGUUCCUGAGCAAUACCGCAAAACCGUUUGCAACAUGCUAGGCCAACUCGGUGCACGCGGCGUUUCCGUCAUUUUCGCCUCAGGAGACUUGGGCGUCACGAGUGCCUGCCUGGCCAAUGACGGAAGCAACCGUGAGCGUUUCCUUCCAGUCUUCCCGGCCGCUUGUCCCUUUGUCACCUCCGUCGGUGCCACGACAGGUCACGCCCCCGAACGGGCCAUUGGAAUCUCCUCGGGUGGUUUCUCAGAUACUUGGGCACGUCCCGCCUACCAAGACCAGGCCGUCACCUCUUACCUCCGAUCCAUUGGCGACCUCUGGAAAGGCCUCUACAAUCCCCAGGGACGUGCAUUUCCCGACGUAGCAGCCCAAGGAAUGUCCCUUCACGUCAUCGACAGAGGCCAAGAGAAACUCAUCGACGGCACCUCCCUCGCCGCUCCCAUCUUCGCGGGCGUCAUCUCCCUCCUGAACGCCCAGCGAAUCCAAAACGGACACAAGCCACUCGGAUUCUUAAACCCUUGGAUCUACUCGAGUGGAUAUCAGGGUCUGAACGAUAUUGUCGUUGGGGGCAGUGUUGGAUGCGAUGGGACGGACUACUUCACUAAUGGGCCGACUCCUAAUAUUCCCGGGGCGGGGUGGAAUGCCACGAAGGGUUGGGAUCCUGUGAGUGGAUUCGGGAGUCCUAAUUACCCCAAGUUGUACCAAUUGGCGAUGGAGGCACAUGGGACCCAGGGUAUGGGCACGGUGCCCAAGGGUUUUCGACCGGCGCCCGACCAGCGAUCGAAGAGGGCUUGGGUCGCAUAG